AUGGGCAAGCUUAUCAAGAACCACUGGGCUCGUCUCAUCAUGCUCACAGCCGCCACCUACCAAAUUGGCGCCGCCAUCGAGGGCUACUUCUGGCCCAAGAUCUUCUGGGACUUCCUCACAAAGUCCCUCGACGCCGCCGUCAAGCCCGCCCCCAUCCUCCAGACCAUCAACCUCGUCUUCGGCCUCCUCAUGCUCGCCCUCGAGUGGCCCCUGCCCCUCAUUGCCGGCACCAGCAUCCACCGCUCCAUCGAGUUCCGCCUCGCCAUGCUGCCCCUCACCGCCCUCGCCUGCCUGCUCAUGUACCAGUCCACCAACCCGGGCAUCUACUACCUCAUUGGCAUGGGCGCCUAUUUCUGGGCCUACAGUGAAGGCGAGGUCAUCUGCGCACAGCCAUGGACUCUACCUCCACGAACACCCAACUCAGGCGGCAAAGUCUGA